AUGGCUGGAGGAAAUUGUACGGCAGUGACCGAGUUCAUUCUCACAGAUCGUCCGGAGCUGCAGGUCCCCCUCUUUGUGGUGUUCCUAGUGAUCUAUGUUAUCACCCUGGUGUGGAAUCUGGGGAUGAUGGUUUUAAUCAGGAUCGACCCCCGUCUUCACACCCCCAUGUACUUCUUUCUCAAGAAUUUGUCUCUCGUGGAUGCCUGUUACUCCACAGUCAUCACUCCCAAGAUGCUGAUGAGCUUCUUAGCAGAGAGGAAAGCUAUUUCCUAUACAGCGUGCAUCAUCCAAUAUUUUAGCUUCAUAUUGUUGGUCAUCUCUGAGUGCCUUCUGCUGGCAGUAAUGGCAUAUGACCGUUAUGUAGCCAUCUGUAACCCACUGCUGUAUAUGGUCAUCAUGUCGCCAAAGCACUGCCUGCAGCUAGUGGCUGGUUCAUAUCUAUGGGCCUUCCUGAACUCCGUGAUACACACGAGCGGUUUGUUAAGAUUAUCCUAUUGUGACUCCAAUAUCCUGAAUCAUUUUUUCUGUGAUAUCAACCCACUUCUAAAGCUCUCCUCUUCUGGCACCUCUAUCAAUCAGCUGCUUAUUUUCCUCUUUGGCAGUCUGAUUGAGGUGAUCAGCAUUGUGACCAUUCUCAUCUCAUACAUCUUAAUUAUUGUGACUGUGCUGCGGAUCCGCUCCACCGAGGGCAGGCGCAAAGCCUUCUACACCUGCACCUCCCACCUGACAGCCGUCUCCAUGUUCCACGGGACAAUUCUCUUCAUGUAUUUCCGACCCAGCACCAGCUACUCAUUGGACACAGACAAAAUGGCCUCCGUGUUCUACACUGUGGUGAUCCCCAUGCUGAACCCCCUCAUCUACAGCUUGAGGAACAAGGAUGUGAAGGAUGCCCUGAGGAGAGCAAUAGAGACAAAAUUGAGGGCCCAUUUUCCCCCAAAGGGUGUCAGAAUAGGACAACCAAAUCCUCCAAUGGCUUCUCUGCACACAUAG